AUGGAGCUUCCUUUGUUUGCAAUCCUUCAAAGAACACCAAGAGUUGCAAUUACAUUAGCAUUUGUUCUAUUUGUCCUCACAAUAGUUCCUGCUUUAUAUACUCUCCUUGCCGAUCCAAUCUUACCUCCAUCAAUCUCAUCUUUCGAGACUGAUCAUACACGUCUCAGUCAUUUGAAUUCUUCAUCAAAUCAGAUUCCUUCACCCGUGAAUGGUUCCAUUCCCACGCCACCCUACCAUACGCCUUCAAAACAUCGGAAGUCUUCUUUCCAUCGGAUUCCUAAACCCAAGAAAGGUCCCAUUUCCUCUCCAACCGAUCAUAUACCUUUAAGACAACGGAGUUCUUCAUUCGAUCAGAUUCCUUCACCCAUGAAUAGUCCCGUUCCCGCUCCACCACAUCGGAAUUCUUCAGCUGAUCAGAGUCCUUCACCUGUGAACGGUCCCAUUCCCGCUCCACUCAAUCACACGUCCUUAAGACAUCUGAAUUCUUCAUCUGAUGAUCAUUCAUCCCCAGUCACCACAUCACCAUCAAGGACGCGGAUCAGAGAUGAUGAGCAAAUGUGUGACCUUUUUACCGGGGAGUGGGUACCAAACGAAGAAGCUCCAUACUACACCAACACGACAUGCUGGGCAAUACAUGAGCACCAGAACUGCAUGAAAUAUGGGAGACCUGAUACCGGAUUCAUGAGAUGGAGGUGGAAGCCGGAGAGUUGCGACCUUCCCAUCUUUGAUCCUCAAGAGUUCUUGGAAAUGGUUAGAGGGAAAGCCAUGGGGUUUGUUGGUGACUCCAUUAGCAGAAACCAAGUCCAAUCUCUCUUGUGCCUUCUCUCUAGGGUGGAAUACCCUGAAGACAUUUCUCCUUCACCAGAUACGGAUUUCAAAGUAUGGAACUACACAUCCUAUAACUUCACUCUUCAUGUCAUGUGGUCACCAUUUCUAGUGAAGGCUACUAAACCUGAUCCGAAGUCCAACUUCUUCAGCCUAUACCUCGACGAAUAUGACACGAAGUGGACGAGUCAGCUCGACCAACUCGACUACCUGGUUAUAUCAUCCGGCCACUGGUUUUCCCGGCCGGUUAUUUUCUAUGAAAACCAACAAAUCUCUGGGUGCCAAUACUGUGCGUUACCAAACACGACUGAAUUGCCUUUGACCUAUGGAUACAGGAAGGCUUUAAGAAUAUCUCUAAAAGCUAUAAUCGAGAAUUUCAAGGGUCUGGCAUUUUUAAGGAGUUUUUCUCCUCAACAUUUCGAAGGUGGGGCUUGGAACGAAGGAGGGGACUGUGUACGGACACAACCUUACAGAAGAAACGAGACUAUACCCGAGGCAGAUCUCAAGGUUCACGACAUUCAAAGGGAGGAAUUUAGAGCUGCAGAAGAAGAUGGGAUGAAGAAGAGUGGUUUGAGACUGAAGUUAAUGGACACGACACAGGCAAUGCUAUUGCGACCAGAUGGGCAUCCUGGGAGAUAUGGACAUCUACAGAAUCCAAAUGUGACUUUAAGAAAUGACUGUAUUCAUUGGUGCCUGCCUGGACCUAUCGAUACUCUGAAUGAUAUAUUGCUACAAAUGAUGAAGACAGAUAACUAGAAAGCAUCCCUCAAGAAUGAGUAGUGGAGACAUAUAUCUAAUAUCAAGAAAAAUUGUAAAGAAAGAUUCAUGUAGGAGUCUCAGUAUUCAAUUGCCAUAU